CAUCAUAUUACACUCAUCGGGUUUGAGGAGCUACUUUGAGAUUGUUUUGUACCCUCCUACUUAUGGAUUUGAUCUCUUCCUGCAGUGAGACAAUGACUCCUGUGGAUCUCGAUGGUGUGGUGGCAGACCUGGUCUCCAUUUCUUCAAAUUCCACUGUAAGCCUGUCGCCUGGAAUCCCAAUUGCAACAAGAACCCUCAUUCUGCUCGUUUGUUUGCUGGUGGUGGCUUGGAGCCACACGGAGAAAAAAACGGUUCCAGGUCCCUCGUUCUGCCUGGGGUUGGGUCCACUUUUGUCUUAUUUGAGAUUUAUCUGGACUGGCAUUGGCACAGCGAGCAACUACUACAACGAGAAGUAUGGAGACAUUGUCAGAGUGUGGAUCAAUGGAGAGGAGACCCUCAUACUCAGCAGAGCCUCAUCAGUUAAUCAUGUUCUGAAGAAUGGAAACUACACCUCCCGAUUUGGGAGCAAACUAGGACUCAGCUGUCUCGGCAUGAAUGAGAGAGGCAUCAUCUUCAACAACAACGUAGCUCUGUGGAAAAAGAUACGCACCUAUUUCGCCAAAGCCCUGACAGGUCCCAAUCUGCAGCAGACGGUGGAGGUUUGCGUCUCCUCCACACAGACCCACCUGGACAACCUGGACGGCUUGGCUCAUGUGGACGUCCUCAGUUUGCUGCGCUGUACUGUGGUUGACAUCUCCAACAGACUCUUCCUGGAUGUACCUUUUAAUGAAAAAGAGCUGCUGCUGAAGAUUCACAGGUAUUUUGAUACGUGGCAGACUGUGCUGAUCAAACCUGACAUCUACUUCAAGUUUGGCUGGAUUCACCAAAGACACAAGACAGCAGCCCAGGAGCUACAGGAUGCCAUAGAAAGCCUUGUAGAACAAAAGAGGAAACAAAUGGAGCAAGCAGAUAAGCUGGAUAUCAACUUCACAGCAGACCUAAUAUUUGCACAAAACCACGGAGAGCUGUCGGCUGAGAACGUGAGGCAAUGUGUGCUGGAGAUGGUGAUCGCAGCGCCAGACACUUUGUCCAUCAGCCUCUUCUUUAUGCUGCUUCUCCUCAAACAAAACCCUCAUGUGGAGCUGCAGCUGCUGCAGGAGAUAGACACGGUCAUAGGUGACAGACAGCUGCAGAACAGGGACCUUCAGAAGCUGCAGGUUCUGGAGAGCUUCAUCAACGAGUGCCUGCGCUUCCACCCAGUGGUGGACUUCACCAUGCGACGAGCCCUUUCAGACGAUGUCAUAGAUGGUUACAGGGUCCCAAAGGGCACAAAUAUCAUCCUGAACACGGGCCGCAUGCACCGGACAGAGUUCUUCCAUAACGCUGACGAAUUUAGUCUGGAGAACUUCCAGAAAAAUACUCCUCGCCGUUACUUCCAGCCGUUUGGCUCUGGCCCUCGCGCUUGUGUUGGCAAGCACAUCGCCAUGGUAAUGAUGAAAUCAAUCCUGGUGACUCUGCUCUCUCAGUACUGUGUCUGCCCCCAUGAGGGCCUGACCCUGGACAGCCUCCCACAAACUAACAACCUUUCCCAGCAGCCCGUGGAGCAUCAUCGCGAGGCCGAGCAGCUCAGCAUGAGAUUUUUACCUAGGCAGAGAGGAAGCUGGCAAACACCCUGAAUGCUCCAUUACCUUGCAGAUUUGUUGUAUAAAUAUGCUCACCAUCAAUAUGUUUUUUGUUUUUUUUCUUAUGACUGGACAAAGCACUGCUGUUUCAUUUCAUGAGUCACAUAUUGUGUUUUUACUUAUUUUGUUAUGAGCUGUAUAAAAUGUAGGUGUCUCUAUGCUAAUUCUAAAGUAAAUGUAAAUUAUUACGUCAA